AUGUCCUUCACCAAUCUGCCAAACGAACUCGUCCUUCUUAUUGCCAAGACACCCGAUCAAAGCUACCUCAACGCUCUCGUCCGAAUAUCCCAACAUCUUUACGAGCUCCUGCUCCUCUAUCUCUACAAAUACAACGUCCGAUACUACAAUAGCCUUACUCUUCUUCAUACUGCCUGCCAAGGAAUUCACUGGUUAGCCGUGGAAGUUUUCAAAGCCGGAGGAAGACUAGAACAACUCUCUGGUUUCGAUGGAGUGUUUCUAGGAGACAUAUCUCCGAGUCUAGCAAUGAAGCCCAAUGUGCAUCCCCAGUAG